CACUCAUUCAUCUGUUUAUCAAUGAAAUUAAUGAAAUUAAAAAGGAAAGUUUAAUUACUCACAUUGCGUAAUAAAAGAUAAAAAAAAUUACUAUAAAAUACUUUAAAAAGUUCCAUCCUAAAAAAUAUUCUGAAAAUAAAUAUGGACCAAAGUAAUCCUUCACAUACUAACUCCAAUCCUUUGUCUAACGAUUACUUUAUGAAGGAACAACAAAUUUCAUAUAAUACGUUUAAUGACUCCUUUUCAGUAACGGAAAAUGAUGUAUGGGUUCCACCCUAUACAACUACCGAUUACGAACAAUCUAUUCCAUCAGCUAUUCCAUCAAACGAACAUAAUUACCCCAUGCAAUCCUAUCCUACCUACGAACCGUAUCAUAAUGUUAAUGAACAGAAUACUGGUCAAAUUCCCCAAAAUCUCACUCAAAAUGUACAUAAUUUUCAUCAAAUAAACCACUUUAGAUUUGAAAUUCCCGGAUUUGAAAUUAUCGUUAGACCUAAUAACAAUUUGGACAUGCAAAAUCAAUUACAGGACUAUGAUACUACUACCUAUUGGAAUUCAUCACUGGUUCAACAGGAGUUUCAACGACAUCAACAACAAUUUCCACAAUUUUAUCAACAACAAUUCCCACAAUUUCAACAUCAACAAUUCUCACAAUUUCAAAAUUCUCCCGAUUUAAAUAACUCGAAUGAAUUAAUACCAAUUACAAAUAAUAUAAAUUUUUAAUAAUAUAAUAUAAUGUAUGAUAUUUCUAAUUAAUUUAUUUUUUUUUCUUUUUUUUUUUUUUAUUUGUCGAUAUCUUUAUUUUUUUUCAAGUUUAGCGUUCCAGGAGAUUUUAUUGAGUGAUAUCAGAAUAUUCAGUUGUUCUAUAUUUCCAUGUAAUUUAAAUUUAAUAAAAUAUUUAUAAAAUGCGUAAGGAUUAUAAGCUA